AUGGGUGAUAUUGAGAAAGGCAAGAAGAUCUGAAUGAAGUGUGCCAGGUACCACAGUAUGAAAAAGGGAGGCAAGCACAAGAUGAGACCAAAUCACAGUCUGUUUGGGCAGAAAACUGGUCAGGCUGCUAGCUUUUCUUACAGAGAUGCCAACAAGAACAAAGAUAUCACCUGGGGAGAGGAUACACUAAUGGAGUAUUUGGAGAAUCCCAAAAGGUACACCCCUGGAACACAAAGAAUCUUUACUGGCAUCAAGAAGAAAGUAGAAAGGACAGACCUAAUAGCUUAUCUUUAA